AUGUCAGACAUCAGACGCAGUGGUCGCGCGACCAAAGGUCAACACAAAGGGCUCGAGCCUACCGAGGUAGCCACACCCAAGAACAAGAAGGGCACUGCCACAGCUGCCUCGUCCAACAAGAAGGGCGGCAGCAAGAAGUCUGCCGAGCCCGAACCCGAACCCGAAGCAGAGGACGAAGAGGAAGAAGAAGGCGCCGAGGAAGUGAUCCGCUGUGUGUGCGGAGACACCAAGGACGACGAGGUUGGUCGCCAGUACGUCAGCUGCGACACUUGUGAAGUAUGGCAGCACAACGUCUGCAUGGGCGUGCCAUUGGAGGAGGAGAGACAGCCCGAACACUACUUCUGCGAGCAAUGCGAACCCAACGAUCACAAGGAAUUGCUCGACGCCAUGGCGCGUGGAGAGCAGCUCUGGCAGACGCGCAUUGCCGAGCACGAGGCCGAGAAGCGAAGAAAGCGCAACGAGAAGAAGCGACCUAAGAGUCGCCAACACAAAGCCGCUCGCCAGUCCGAAGUCAAGUCCGAGGCUCCGGCAAGCGAGCAGGCCAGCCCUGCACCGGCUGCUUCUGCAUCCAUCCCGCCCCCUUCCCAAGACUCGACCCCUGCUGCUGGCAGCAAGCGCAAGUUUGAGGAAGACCUCCCGCAGCAAGAGCAGGAGGUGCAGCCUACAGUCGAGACACAGCCCGAGGCACCGAGAAGAUCAUCAUCAGCAGCCGCUACACAGUCCAAACGCCGCAAGUCGGAAAACAAAAAGGAGGAGAAGAUGGAUGCUGACACAGCGCUUGUCGACAUCAAGCAUCUACCCAAGGAGAGACAGGGUCCUGCUCAGGCACUUGUCAAAGUAUUCGGCGAUGUCGUUCGCGAGAGAGUCACAACUGGUUCCUACAGCCUCGGACAAGGCGAAAACGCAGAGUCGGUCAGCCAUCAUCAUGCCACACGCAUCGAGUACGAACUCUACCAAGUCUAUGGCGCUCCUCCCGGAUCACAGGGUUACAGUCAGCAGUUCAGAGCCAUUCACGCCAACAUGAAGAAGAACCCCAUGCUUGUUCAGCGCAUGCUCGACGGCUCCCUCACCGCCAACGGCCUGGCAACAAUGUCAAGCCAAGACAUGGCUAGCGAAGAACUGCAGAAGCAACGCCAAUUGCUCAAGGAAGAGGCCGAUAAGCAGGCCGUCAUGAUGCGCGACGAUGAAGACGACAAACCUCGUGUUCGUCGCACACACAAGGGCGACGAAUACAUCGACGACCAGGCCGAGGGCACACACGAGUCUGUCUUCACCUCAGCGCCUGUGCGUAGCAGAGAGGAAGAGAAGCCACCAACACCCGAUGCCGACGCUCCUGCUACUGCUGGCGCCGCUGCCUCACCCGAUGCCAUGGACAUUGACCGACGCGAAUCAAACUUCGACAUCAACUCAGUGUGGGCAAAGACGCCCGCUGACCAACAAGCACAGCCCACUCGCCGUCGUAGCUCAUUCGCAAAGACACAGACACCACAGGAGAAGGGCGAGAAGCAUGAUGCUGAUGUCGAUCGUAUGCUUGCCGACGACAACGAGACCGAUUACGCCCCACCUGAGGCCAAUGGUGUCGUCUGGAAGGGUCAGCUCGUCCAGCCUGGAGUCACAGAGUUUACAGCUUGUGCUCGUCAUGCUGCUGGAAACGACUUUGGUCAGUUCAUGCCUUGGACCGAAGUUCUUCCUCCAGUGCUCGAGAUCGAGGGUCGUCUGGAAGCUAAGCGCGCCGAUGACUAUCUUUGCGGUCUUCAGUGGAGCAAGAAGAGUGAUGUGUCGGUCCUGGCCUUGACACCAUACGACAACCGUGCCGCCUUUGACCAGAUCUUCGACUACUUUGCUACUCGUGGCCGUUACGCCGUCAUCAGCAAGGCUCGUGGCAUGUCGUCAAUCGUCAAGGACGUCUACAUCACUCCUGUCGGCCCUGGCCACAAUCUGCCACCUCACAUUAACCUGCUCGAGUACAACUCACUGGACCCUAAUGUCCCCGAACGCAUGCUUGUUGUCACAUUCGUCGUCAACAAGCCUGACCACUGGGACAACCCCGUCGUUCCUGACGCUCCCCACACCAUUGGCGCCUCUCCAGUCAAUGGCAACGCACAUGGCCCGCAGUUUUCACCACGCCCGCCUCAAGGAUUCACUCCUAUGCAGAACGGCCACGGACAGCAGCAGUUUGGCGGCGCUCCCAUGUCUUCCAACCCCUACACCACAAACUCUCCCGUUCCUGGACAAGCCUACUCAGCACCAAACUCGGGAGCUGGAGCCUACCCUUCGCCCUCACCUCAAUUGCCACCACAUCCCAAUCCUGUGGUCCACGGUAUCCUCGGCGCACUGGCACACACACCCGUAGUCGCUCAAAUUCUGUCAGCAGCAGGCAGCCACGUCGAGGAGCACGUUUUGCUUAACAUGCGCGAUAUCUUGACUUCAGACCCUGCUGCACGCGACGACCUUACAAUCUUCUCGCAACGUCUGGCUGGCAUGGGUGCACAGGGUCAGCAGGGAUAG